CUUUGAUCAUAUCACCCCUACCCGAUUUAAAUCUUGAAGAACUUUUAUUGCUCCUUCGGCCACAUGUUGGGGGUGUUAGACUUAAGCCACUUCGUGAUUCACUUCCUCAAUUGGAGAACGGUGAUAUCCUUUCUAACACUCCAGACAUCUCAGCCCACCUGAAAUUUGUGGAUCGUGACAAAGAGGUCGAACAGUUGAUGGAGAGCAUCACGGAAUUGUAUGCUAUUAUCAAAAACCCUGAAGAUUUCCAGGAGCCAAGGAAGCAAAUACGUUUCCCUACAGCUGUAGGAACUGCCGGAAAGGGCAAGACUACCUUCGCUCGACGGGCAUUUGAAAAACUAGACUCCUGGGGUUCAAAUAUUCCGAUUGAAGUUAGGGAUGGAGUAAUAGACUGUUGUGAAGCAGGCCGAUCCCUCCGAGUCUCAUGUGAAUCCUUUGUUGAUGAUGACUUUGACAAACGACCUGAGAGGGCUUUUGGAAGACUAUUACUUUAUGAGGCUCUGAAGUAUCGAAUAGAACCCAAAGUUACCUAUCGCGAAUUCAUAACAAAUAUUUUACACAGACGAACAGCUGCACUUAACAUUAUUCUUAAUGUAAUUGGGGAAUUGUUGCCUGGUAACACAGAUGCAGUCUUUUAUAUUAUCAAUGUUGAUGAGACAAACUCGUUAUUCUCCAGGAAGAAAGACAUUUUUCUCAAAGAAAUUCUCAAGUCCCUUGUGGAUGUCAUGCUAGAAAAUUACUUUGUCUUUCCUAUUUUGACUGGGACACAUGCAAUAGAUCUUUUCUCAGCCGUGGUGUCAUCCGGCUCUGGUGCCCGGACAAUUGAAAUAAAUUUGCCACUGCUCAAGGUUGAUCAUGCUGAAGAGGUCAUCCUUGAUUUGGCUAAUCGAGGAUUGGGACCGUAUUCGAGAGAAAGGAUCUUGGAGAUCUCAUCAUAUUUACGACAAAAAAUUGAAAUCCUUGGAGUUGUUUGUCGUUUUCUUGAAGUUUUCAUCUAUCAGAUGUCUGUUAUUGGCUGGAGUACCAUGCAUCAUCAUGAAACAUUUGAUGAUCAGACUUUCCAAUGGGAAGGGUUCUGUUAUUUUCUACGAUAUUGCCAACACGACCCAGCCAGGUGCCAAACUCUUAUAGACAGGACUAGUGAGGUGAUCAAUUCUAAGUAUCAACAUUAUGGUGAUGUUUAUAAGGAUCAUCUUGAAUUUAUUCCUGAGCUAGUAGCAUACUCCAUGUUUAACUGGCAUGUUAAGCGAAAUACCAUGUUGGGGAAAAGGAAGCAUAUUACCAUUGCGGAAUUAGAAAAUAAGGGGAUUGUUUUUCUUGAAGGACUAGAAGGGCUAGAAAACCGAGAAGAAAAAAGGCUCAAAAUCCCUGGUAUCACAGUUAGUAGGUUGUCCAAAGGUCUGAACCCAAGUGUGCUUCCAGACAUCAAGCUCCUCAGAACUCUUGACCAUGCACUCUCACCAGAUCAAAAUGAGUUGUUGACUAUCUCAAUAGUUGUGUUUCGCUUGUGGACAAUUUAUCGGAAUUCAGUUCGAAAUGGAUUCAUCAAAGAAGGAAAGAAUGGGACAUGCAACCUCUCUGACCUUUUUCCAUUGCGGGAAAAUCAGGAUGAUGUGAAAAUUGAGUUUGAACCCAGAUUUUCUGUUCUUGACACGCCAUUCAGAAUUGGGUGUGAGGCAGAUUGGAUAAAAUUUAAGCAGAAAUGUGGAAUGAGUGAAUGCAUCGCUUUUCAAAACUUGGAGAAAGCCCCUUUUGCAGAUGCAUUCCUGCUCACACAACCACUAAUUUUUUUCCAGAGCAAGCAAGAAUUGACAAGCUGCAGGAAGGAAAUUGAUGACCGUUCACCAAAUAUAUUGAAAAAAGGCCUUGUGAAAACUGAACAUGCAAAAGUAGUAGAUGCAGCAGUUGGUGAACAUUUUUUUGUUUUGGACACUGAUGCACAUGCACGUGAUGAUGAGAAAUAUAAUCAUAAUGAAAUUGUGGUAACAUCAGAUAAUAGGAGGGAAUUUCUUGGGGAUGUUAUGGCACAAAUAAAAAUGUACAGUGUACUCUAUGGAUAA